AUGUCAUCCGAGUCCCAGUUGCAGACAUGGAGCUAUCUUCGGCAGCAAAUCUCCGAUAAUCUCAACUUUUCAUGUCCUCCUGAUGCUCAAAUCAGUGUCGUCACGUCUCGAGAUCCGGCGGCAAAAGUCUGGCACGCAUUGGCUGUCCAGGCACGAAACAACUGCAAGACGGUCGUUCUGAUAGACCAGGGAUCUAGUGUUGAACUGGCACUCAAGGGUCUGUUCAUCAAGUCAGCAUAUCAUGUUCACCGGCACCUGAGCUUGAAGAAAACCUCAAAAGUCUCGCCACCUACCCCCUCAGGCAGGCCGCCUGCCGCCACGAGACAGCCCGAGGAACCCGCCUACGACAGCUCAUCAGACGAUUCUGACUGGGAAGAGCUCAAACUGCAGGCCAACAUCACCCGUGCGAAGAAUUUUCUCAACAGGUACGAGACCGGUCACAACACGUCCCGGCCCGUCUCCCUCCCAGCUCCUCCUCCCCCCCUGCCCUCUUCUUCACUGCCCGACUCAGCUCCCAGACAUCAGAGCUCGCCGCCGCCUCCGCCGCCGCCUCCCCAUCUUCUGCCUCAUCCAGCUCCCAGGUCUUCGGCCCAUGGCGCAAGAGGCCUUGCCCUGUCCUCACGGGCAACAGUAACAGCAGCUCCCCCGCCCCGUUUCACCACGCACCCCCGCGUGCCCCCGCUAAUCCCACCCCUCCUUCCCGUCCGCCUGGCUAUCAACACGGCAGCCAACAACGAAGCCGCGCCCCUCAACGUCCUGACAACCAUCUCACGCCCAACCCGCCGCGCCCUGCUCAUCGGCGCCAUCGCAUGCGUGGGUCAGCAGGACACGAGCGGCUACCGGGCCAAGGCGCGCCGGGCGCACCUCGACGGCGUCGCCUGCGACAUGGCUUUGUUCGCGGCGGACGACCUCAGCUUCUUCUUCGGGAAGGAGACUGUGCCGUUCUUUGAGGUUGAGGUCUGGAGGGAGAGUAGUACGGAGCAGCUGAACUCCGACGCUGAUGGUGAUGACGACGAAGACGAAGCGUGAUUCCUGAAUAGAGGCUUGUUUAUUUGAUUGGGUCUUUUGAGUCUGUUUGCGAUUUACACUGAAAGGUUGUCAUAUGUAUAGAGUGAAAACGGAAAAAAGGUGAUCAGGGAGUGGUGUCUCGGGAGUCAGUCGCAGUUCUUUUUCUGAUGGCCAGUGUAUUUUGAGGUCUUGUUGUUUAUUCUGCUUCGUUCUUUUAGAGUACGUUUAUCCUCAAAAUGUAGAUGUUCCGAAGUCUUGUCAAGGGACUUUGAAGGUUUUCUGGGGAUGAGGGAGUAGGUUCCGUCUGGCGUACAGUCCUGGCAAGAGAGCGGUUUGCAUCAUCAUGGGUGCUUUGGUAUUCGCCAAUCUCGAAGGGUGUCAGGAUACCCUCCGGCAAAGUUCAUUUUCGUUUAGCAAACAGGAAACGUGCCUAAUCUUGCAGGCGGACGAGAUGCCUUUGCCCUCCAGAGC